AUGGAGGUAUUGGAUGCUGUCGCUCUGUCGCGUCGGCAGGUUAACGAAAACAAUGAUCCAAACGUCGGAAGCGCUCGUGAUGACCCGAACAACUCCAAUUCACUCUCUGGCUUGGUGUCGACUCUCGUUCCCUCACUUCUCCUAGCCGCUGCGUUCACCAUUGUCUUCCUUAUUCUGCGAAGAACUUUGAUCCGUCAAUACGCACCUCGCUCAUACCUGGGCUCUCUGCGCGACCAUGAGAAAAGCCCGAAGCUGCCCAAGACCCUAUUUGGCUGGAUCCCUGCUUUCAACAAGAUUCCUGAUACCUACGUCUUGCAACACAACUCCCUCGAUGGCUACUUUCUCCUCCGGUAUUUGAAAAUUUGCGUUGUCACCUGCUUCGUUGGCUGCUGCAUGACAUGGCCUGUUCUCUUCCCUAUCAAUGCAACAGGAGGUGCCGGCAAACAGCAACUCGAUCUGCUCACAUUUGCGAAUGUGAUCAAUAAAUACAGAUACUACGCACACGCUGGUGUAGCAUGGCUCUUCGUUGGGUUUGUCUUCUUUAUGGUAACGAGGGAGAGUAUCUAUUAUAUCAAUUUGCGGCAAGCUUAUCUCCUUUCGCCUCUCUACGCGUAUCGGAUUUCUUCCAGGAGUGUCCUCUUUUCCUCCGUGCCGGAUGAAUACGCCAACGAAAGGAAGAUCCGACAAAUGUACGGAAAAAAAUUGAAGAAUGUAUGGGUUGCUACUCAAACUAAGGACCUUGAAGACAAGGUCGAAGAGCGUAACAAAGUCGCGAUGAAGCUGGAGGCUGCAGAGACCAAACUGAUCAAAAUGGCUGAUGAUGCUCGUCGCAAAUCUCUGAAGAAGGGAUCUGGCGACGUGGAGGGUGCUGCAGCGCAUGUUGACAUUAGUGGCGAGUCUGGCUCAGCUGCUGCACGAUGGAUCCAGCCAAAACAACGGCCCACCCACAAGCUCAAGCCUCUGAUUGGUAAAAAGGUGGACACAAUCAAUUGGUGCCGCUCUGAGCUGCAGCGCAUGAUUCCCGAGGUUGCUAAGGAGCAAGAUCUCCAUAGAUCUGGCAACGCCAAAAGCAGCAACACGGUGAUCGUGGAAUUCUGGAACCAGACUGAGGCUCAGGCUGCUUAUCAAAUGGUUGCGCAUCAUCAACCGCUGCACAUGGCUCCUCGCGUUAUUGGUUUCAGCCCUCACGAAGUCGUUUGGAGUAACACCGGAAUCACAUGGAGAACAAGAGUUAUCAGAAAUAUUCUGUGCAUUGCUGCUGUGGUUGUCACCAUCAUUUUCUGGUCUAUUCCGGUUGCAGUCGUUGGGCUAAUCUCCAACAUCAAUUCCCUUACCGAGAGGAUUCCGUUCUUGAGCUUCAUCAACUCAAUCCCCUCCGUGAUCCUGGGUGUUGUCACCGGACUGCUUCCCGUCGUUUUGCUGGCUUUACUUAUCGCAAUGUUACCUCCGUGGUUAAAGUUCCUCGCGAAGACGUCCGGCCUGCCAACUCUUUCGCAAAUCGAACUACGGGUGCAAACCAGCUACUUCUGGUUCCAAGUUAUCCAAGUCUUCCUCGUCACCACCUUGUCCAGUGCAGUCUCGAAGGCUAUCCAACCUAUUCUCAGUAAUCCUCAAUCGGUCACCACACUGUUGGCUACCAAUCUACCAUUAGCGUCCAACUUCUACAUUAAUUUCUUCAUUUUGCGAGGCCUUACGUUUGCAUCGGGUGCCCUACUACAGCUUGUAGCCUUGAUCCUGUUCAAUGUACUAGGAAGGAUCCUCGAUAAGACCCCAAGAAAAGCAUACCAACGUUGGGUCACUCUCAGCCGCUUAGGCUUGGGAACCAUCUUUCCAGUGAUAAGCAAUUUAGCUGUAAUCGCUAUAACGUACUCGUGUAUUGCACCCUUGGUUUUAGGUUUUGCCACUAUAGGAUUGUACCUCUUCUACUUCGCGUACCGGUACAACCUCCUUUUCGUCAAUACAACGACGGUUGACACCAAAGGCCUCGUCUACCCUCGAGCUCUACAGCAUACGACGGUGGGCUGCUAUCUACUCAUCCUCUGCCUACUCGGUCUUUUCGGUAUCCAAGCAGCACCUGGACCCUUAGUGUUGAUGGUCGUUUUGCUCAUCGUCAGCGUCCUCUACCAUGUAUCCCUCAACAAUGCCAUCCAACCCCUCCUCUACUAUCUUCCUCGCUCCCUCGAAGCAGAAGAAGAAACCCUCCUCCGAGCCGAAGAAGGCGUUGUGCAUUCCUCUGGGGCAAGAAACGGUGACUCCUAUGAGAAACCUGGCGUCGACGGCUCCAAUGCCAUAGGAAUCGACAAGGGCCUCCCCACCCCACCACCCCACAAGAGACCGAACUUACUCUCCAAAUUCCUCCGACCAGAUCUCUACACCGACUACGCGACCAUGCGCCGUCUCGUCCCGCAGAACUUCGCCCCUGCGCAAUAUGAGGAAGAGACGGCGAGGGAGGCGUACCAUCACCCGGCCAUCACCGAUCGACCGCCUCUACUGUGGGUGCCGAGGGAUCAAUCUGGUGUCUCGAGACAGGAAUGCAUGCAUACGAGUCAUGUUAUCCCUAUGACGGAUGAAGGGGCUUAUUUCGACGAGAAGGGGAAAUUGGUUGUGGUGAAGGAUGAUACCGCACCUAUCUUUGAGCCGAAGAUCUAUUAUUGA